CUGCAAUGUUACUAGAAAAUAAAUAAAUCAACGAGUGCCAAAUCCGAGACAGUCAUAUAGCCAUGUCCAUGGUUGAUGUAUUGAAUUGGGUGAGAACUGAGACUGUAGUGUUACAGCAAUAGAGGAGUAGGGUUCGUUCGUUCAUUCGAGUCAAACACAAUGAGCUUGUCUCUUAUUCAAGGCUAUUCUUCCGCAGAAGAGGAACAAGACGAAGACCAACCCCAACCCCACAAUUCCGACCUCGAAGAUUCCGACGACGACGACGCCGCCGCUGGCACCAUCACCGCCGCAAACCACCCUUCUCUUGGCGACAGAUCCAUCUUCGACCACGUUCCGAAUCCUCCUUCCGCCUCGGGUCUUCCUUCUGCAUUCGAUGCUUUCUCCGAAAUUGCAGGACCGCCCCAAUUUCUGAACAAUAGUGUGGAAGAGUACAAACCUUCAAGAGACGCUGAUGAGCAACAAGGGAAGCAUGCCAAUAGGAGGCGCCGCAAGAACAAGAAGGAUUUACCCACAGGUGCAGUGGUAGAGGCAAAACCUCAACUGGUUGGGAUUCAUGAGCGAGUAAGAAGUGACAUCAAUGGUAGCCAACCACCAACAUCAGCUGCCUUGGGCACAUCAGAAGGAGGCAAGCGGGUGCCAACUGCAACAAAUCCUAAUGCUGAAGAUGCUGCAGACCUUUUAAGAAUGUGUUUGCAGUGUGGGAUUCCCAAGACCUACUCCAAUGCACGCGGAAUGGUCUGCCCUGUAUGUGGUGAUCGCCCUCCAAAGGAUGAUACAAGCGCAGAAUCCAAGAAGAAAGGAUCAACUGUCAAAGAUAAGGAAAAAUCUAAAAGGAUGAAGGGUCAAUCAUCCCAUGCAACCUGGAAAAGUGAAACAGAGAUGCAUCUAAGGCAACAGUUUGAUUAGCAUUAUGUGUUUCCUUGUAGUUACCAGUUACCUGGUAGAAUGUGAUGUGUUUAGGACUAUGCUGUUAAAUCAACAAAUUAACUUCGUCGUUAUCAAUGCCAGCAGGUACAAGUUGCUACAUAUGGCUCUAAAAUUAUGGUAUUAUUAGUAGCUGAAGUUAGAUUUUUGUUCGAUGAGAGAGAAAUCUCUCUUGACUCUCUUGAAUCUAAACAUGACUACUAAAUGUCUCUAUUGUUUUUAUGUGUUGUAAUCAUACAAGAAUUGUUCCUUCA